CUGCUGUCAAGGAGGUUUAAGGCGGCUGACGUCCCAUUGGAGUUUGAGGAGUUUCACCUGAGUGAGGUGCAGCACAUGGACAGCAACGAGAAGCUGGAGCAGGUGUUAGCCUCCAUGAAGACCAACAGGGUGGCCAUGAAAGGAAAGGUAAACACCCCCAUGGAGUUUAAAGGGGAGCUGGCUGGCUUUGAGAUGAAAAUCAGGCGUAGACUGGACCUGUUUGCCAAUGUGGUUCACGUGAACAGCCUGCCUGGCUAUAGCACCCGCCACAACUACCUGGACCUGGUCAUUAUCCGAGAGCAGACCGAGGGAGAGUACAGCUCUCUGGAGCACGAGGGUGUUCCUGGAGUGAUUGAAUGUCUGAAGAUUAUCACCAGGGAAAAGUCUCGGCGCAUCGCCAAGUUUGCCUUCGACUACGCCACCAAGAAGGGUCACAGCAAGGUCACGGCUUUCCACAAGGCCAACAACAUGAAGCUUUCAGAUGGCCUGUUCCUACAGUGCUGUGCCGAGUUGGCAGAGCUGUAUCCCAAGAUCAAAUACGACAACAUUAUUAUAGACAACUGUUGCAUGCAGCUGGUCCAGAACCCAUACCAGUUUGACGUGCUGGUGAUGCCCAACCUCUAUGGCAACAUCAUUGACAACCUGGCAGCUGGGCUGGUCGGCAGGACAGGAGUGGUCCCAGGAGAGAGCUAUAGUGCCGAGUACGCCGUGUUUGAGACUGGAGCGCGACACCCCUUUGCCCAGGCUGUGGGCAGGAACAUCGCCAACCCCACGGCCAUGCUGCUCAGCGCUGCCAACAUGCUCCAUCACCUCAACUUGGAAUACAACUCCAACAUGGUGUCAGACGCUGUCCGGAGGGUCAUCAAACAGGGCAAGGUGCAGACACAAGACCUGGGCGGUUACAGCACGACCGGGGACUUUGUGCAAGCCAUUGUGGGGAACCUCCGCCACCGACCCGCAUACUAAAGAAGUCCUGGUCCCAUGAACAGCCCUUUACCCUGAACUGGACGGCCAACCAAAUAUGAUCUGGAUAUAUUGAACCCCAUAUCGCCAUAUAUCCCCUAAUAACUUUGCCACAACUGUUUUGCUCCCUGUCCCACUAAACUAAUUCUCCUUACAUCACUCUUGGCAGCUCUUGUUCCUCUUCUCCGCUUCUCACAUUCCUCAUAACACGCUCUGCACAUCCUCUGAGGGUUUCUGUUUCUCGAUUUGGCCAUUUAUGCUGCUGUGACCUUCUCUAUUUUCUCCCAGUCUUUUCCUUGCUGAACACUUUCUCCAACUUCAUGUCAACCGGUUCUUUUGUACUGCCUCUGCUGUUGGAUGCACUCUUCUAUCAGCUCUACUACCUCUAUAGUGUUCUCUGUAUCUGUUGGCUACCACCUCCUCUCUUUCCCUUUACUCUCCUACUCUGCCUUCUCUCUACACUGUUUCCUUGUUUGUGCUGUGGACAUGCAUAGGGUUUUAUAUUAAAUUGAUCACCACUAAUCUAGCCUUGCAGUCCACACUGGUUGUGCUGCAGGUUGUUCAGCAGUAUUGAUCAAGCUGGUUUUGUGCCACGAGGACAAUUUACCAAGACCAAAUCAAGUGAAAUCUUAUCACUGCGUAAGUGGACUUCGGGUCUUCCAUUUCACAGCAAUGAGUUGUGGCAGGCAUUAUAAAGUGCCUUGUUCAUAACUACGUGCAGUGUCCAUGGACAAAGGAUAACUGGCCUUUUGCAAUAACAGCCUUAGUCACGUCAAGAAAACCUGCUGUAGUUACUAUAUAAAAAAAAUAAAAAACUGGACUGUUUCUCACAAACACACACCGCCACUGUUGUAAAAUCAGCAGAAUGCGGAGGUCAUUCCUGUGAAGGGAGAACAUUUUCAGUGUUUACAAUCAAUGUUUUCACAUUGUUGCGUUAGCAGGGAUGCUAACAAGCUGAACUGUGAAAUUGGCUAGCUUCACUGAACCCUAUUCACUCAUACUCAAUUCAUAAUCACUAGUUAUUAAAAACUAAAAUGUCUUAAUA